UCGCAGUUGAAUGACGUCAAGAACGUGUUCGCCAUAAUGAUAAUAAACCGUGAACAGAAAGCUGUAAAAUAAGCGAAUUAAGGGACGCCGGUAAAAUUGUAAUCAAUGUAUUAUAAUUCUUCAAACAGCAGCUAAAUUGGGACUUAUUUUGGUAGGUCGAUUUUUUGUUUAUAUCGAGGAUAUCAAGCAGGAACUUGGAGGAGCAAGGUAAAGUUAGCGCUCUGGCUAACCACUAGGCCCUUCUAGGCAUCACAAUGGCGUCAGCACCCGCCAGUGUGGACUCAAAAGCGGAGCUGACUGCUCUGCUGGAGCAGUGGGAAAGGGAACAGCACGGCAGCACACAAGACCUGGUUAACCUUCUUACAAAAAUAUCUGAGCUUGUUGAAAAGGAGACAGAGGAGUACCACAAAGCAGACCCCGACCCGUUUGAUGAUCGGCAUCCUGGGAGAGCUGAUCCUGAAUGUAUGUUAGGGCAUCUACUGAAGAUCCUGUUCAAGAAUGAUGACUUCAUGAACACUUUGGUGAACAACUAUGUGAUGACGAGCAGGGAAUUCCCCCUCAAUGCAGCAGCUUGCCGUCUGCUGCAGAACAUCAUGCCUGGAUUAGAGACAGCUGUGGUUUUUCAAGAAAAGGAGGGAAUAGUGGAACGGCUGUUUAAGUGGGCUCAAGAGGCCGAGCAGCCUCUCAGAAUUUAUGCCACAGGAUUGUUGGCAGGUGCCAUGGAGAACCAGGACAUUGCUGCCAACUACAGAGAGGAGAACUCUGUUUUGGUUCCUUUGAUGCUGCAUCGUUUGCGUGAGCUUCAAGAUAAAGAUGCCGAGAACAAGAGGGAAAUCAAGCGAAUUAGCCCAAGGAAGAGUCUAAGUGCACCUUUGUUACCUUUAGACGAGGAAACUGUUGACCGAAGCUUUGAAGAGAAGCCCUUCACACCAAGUAGAAAUGGAGCUGACAAGCAGGGGAUGGGACCAGAGGAAGAUCGGGAAAUUUCUUUUUCGCCCAACGAGCCUGAGAACGAGCUUUCAUUCCAUCUCAACUCUCCUCACAAGACGAGCAGCCGCGUCAACUCAGCCGUUAAAACCAUGAUGAAGCCCAUGUCCGCCUCAGGUUUAUCGACGCACCCAGGUUUGCCUGACGGUAGCAGUUACCUGAAAAGAAGGACUGAAAGGGAGACUGCAAGGACGUCAAAGCAGAAGCAUAGUUUCUCUUUGCCUGAGCCAGAGAGGAGCUUCAGUGAGCUUUCAAACAGCAGCUGGUCUGAGAUGAGUCCCUGGGUGAUCGGCAACAACUAUCAUCUGUACCCUUUAACCCCCGAGAUCGAGCAGAGGCUUAUCCUGCAAUAUCUUACUCCUUUGGGGGAGUAUCAGGAGCUGCUGGCAGUGUUUAUGCAGAUGGGUGCUUGUGAACUACUCAUGCACUAUAUGGAUUUAAAGCAGACCAAUGAUGUACAGCUAACAUUUGAAGCUCUCAAGUAUCUGGCCUCACUGCUUUUGCAUAAAAAGUUUGCAGCCGAGUUUGUUGCUAAUGGUGGAGUUCAGAAGUUGCUGGAAAUUCCCAGGCCUUCAAUGGCUGCUACUGGAGUCUCACUGUGCCUUUAUUAUCUAGCCUACAACCAAGAUGCCAUGGAAAGGGUGUGCAUGCUGCCCCACUCCAUCCUGUCAGAUGUGGUUGCUUACACACUCUGGUUGCUGGAAUGCUCACAUGCUUCCGGCUGCUGCCACGCAACCAUGUUCUUCUCCAUCUCGUUUUCUUUCCGUGCUGUUCUGGAGCUUUUUGACAGACAGGAUGGACUCCGGCGGCUAGUAAAUCUGAUUAGCACACUGGAGAUCCUGAACCCUGAGGACCAGGGAGCGCUUCUGAGCGAUGACGAGAUUUUUUCCAGCAGGCAGACGGCCAAGCACACCUGCAUGGCUCUGCGCAGGUACUUUGAAGCCCAUCUGGCAAUAAAGGUGGAACAGGUGAAGCAAUCGCUGCAGCGCACCGAGGGCGGUGCCCCCAUUCACUCACAGCCGUACUACAAGGCGGUCAGCUACAGUCGUGAGCAGGUGGUAGAAAUGAUGGAAUUUCUGAUAGAGUACGGUCCUCUUCGACUGUACUGGGAACCAGCUGAGGUCUUUCACAAGCUCUCAUGUGUCCAGCUACUUCUUCAACUUAUCUCCAUUGCUUGUGAAUGGAGGACCUAUUAUGGCAGGAGCGAUACAGUUCGUUAUGCCCUUGACAUCCUGAGCAUCCUCACAGUUGUUCCAAAAACCCAAAUAUUGCUGUGUGAAUCUAUUGCUGUGCUGGACGACGGAGGAGCCACAGUUUCCACAGUGGGGAUGAGUAUAGUCCUGGCUGUAGCAGAGGGAGAGAUCUUUGUGAAUGAUGCAGAAAUUCAGAAGUCCGCCCUGCAAGUUAUCAUCAAUUGUGUUUGCGCGCCGGACAAACGCAUGUGCAGCAUCGGCAAGUUCAUUGCCGGGACCCCCCGCCGUCGCCUCCCACAGCAGAGCAAAUCCAGUGAGAAUGUGCUCACUAAGAUGUGGAAUGUGGUGCAGUCCAACAAUGGCAUCAAGGUUUUGCUCUCGCUGUUGACGGUGAAGAUGCCCAUCACAGAUGCUGAUCAGAUCCGAGCUUUGGCCUGCAAAGCUCUGGUGGGCCUGUCGCGCUCCACCUCUGUCAGACAGAUCAUCAGCAAGCUGCCUCUGUUCAGCAGCGGACACAUUCAGCAGCUUAUGAAGGAGCCUGUGCUGCAGGAUAAACGCAGCGAACAUGUGAAGUUCUGCAAGUUUGCAGCAGAGUUGAUUGAAAGGAUCUCUGGGAAACCGCUGCUUAUUGGGACAGAUGUGUCCCUGGCUUGGCUGCAGAGAGCAAGCGUUGUGGCUCAGUCCAGAAUCACCUUCCCAGAGAAAGAACUGCUGCUGCUUAUCAGAAACCACCUUCUGGCUAAAGGCCUUCAUGAUACAGCAACCGCACUCACCAAAGAAGCAGAUCUCCCCAUGACAUGUCUGUCACAUACUUCUCAUUCAACCUCUGCUUUCCCAUCUGUGGCCCCUCCGCCGCCUGCUUCACCUGUUGCCACAAUACCCCGUGCCCCACGGCUUGCCAGUGGCGUUGGGGCAAGACUUGGGAACCACCCCUCACACACUCCCAUCCAGGCAUCCAGUCAUCCUCAAAGCCGCCCCUCCACGUCCCAGCCGGUUGUGUGCUCUUCUAAUGUUCUUCCCUCCACAUCUGCCUCACAUUGUAACAGCAGCUCUCCGCUGAUUGGACGCAUCAUUUUCUCCCGUGAGCGGCAAACAACGUGCGGUACGAUGAGCUGCAAGAAAGCCAGAGUGCUGCGGCAGAAGUCCGAUCAUGGUGCUUUCAGCCAGAGUCCAGCGAUGAAGAAGCAGUUUGACCGCCACCUGCCCUCCCCGCCUGCUUUAGACAGUAUUAUCACAGAGUACCUCCGGGAACAGCACGCACGCUGUAAAAACCCAGUUGCUACCUGCCCACCUUUUUCUCUUUUCACCCCCCACCAAUGUCCCGAGCCCAAGCAGAGACGCCAAGCCCCCACCAAUUUCACCUCAAGACACACGCGGAGAGUGAUUUAUCCAAAAUACGGAGGCGUAGAUGGAGGAUGCUUUGACAGACACCUCAUUUUUAGCAGGUUCCGUCCCAUCUCUGUGUUCAGGGAAGCAGACGAGGAUGAGAGCGGAUUCAUGUGUUGUGCCUUUUCAGCUCGUGAACGGUUUCUGAUGCUGGGGACGUGUACAGGGCAGCUCAAGCUCUACAAUGUGUUUACAGGCCAGGAGGAAGCCAGCUACAGCUGUCACAGUUCAGCUAUCACGCACCUGGAGCCGUCACGGGAUGGUUCUCUCCUCUUGACAUCAGCCUCUUGGAGUUAUCCUUUGUCUGCACUGUGGGGAAUGAAAUCGGUGUUCAUCAUGAAGCAUUCCUUCCUUGGGGACCAUUAUGUGGAGUUCAGUAAGCUUUCCCAAGAUCGUGUCAUUGGAACAAAGGAACAUGUAGCACGUAUUUAUGACAUCCAGACCGGACAGGUCACUCUUACUCUCAACAACCCAGACCUGGCUAACAACUACAAGAAAAACUGCGCUACUUUUAACCCAACAGACGACCUGGUGCUGAACGACGGAGUGCUUUGGGAUGUGCGCACAGCUCAGGCCAUUCACAAGUUUGACAAGUUCAACAUGAAUAUCAGCGGCGUGUUUCACCCCAAUGGCUUGGAGGUCAUCAUAAACACUGAGAUUUGGGAUCUGCGCACCUUCCACCUCCUCCACACCGUUCCUGCUCUGGACCAGUGCAGAAUAGUUUUCAACAACAGCGGGACUGUCAUCUAUGGAGCUAUGCUGCAAGCUGAUGAUGAAGAUGAAAUGAUGGAAAUGCAGAUGAAAAGUCCAUUUGGCUCAUCGUUUAGGACCUUUAAUGCUACAGACUACAAACCCAUUGCCACUAUAGAUGUGAAGAGGAACAUAUUUGACCUCUGCACAGAUACAAAAGACUGCUAUCUGGCUGUGAUUGAGAACCAAGACUCUGUCAACACUGACACUGUGUGUCGCCUCUAUGAAGUCGGCCGGCAGCGACUUGCAGAAGAAGAGGAGGAGGAUGAGGAAGAUCAGGAGGAUGAUGACCAAGACGAAGACGAUGACGAUGAUGACGAUUCUGAUGAUGACGUUGAUACGGAUCCUCUCAUUGCUGAGCUGGAAAACGAGAAUGGAGGAGAGGAUGAUGACGAUGACGGCAAUGAAGCAUUAUCUCCAUCCGAUGAGGAAGUCGCACGCCUUCUUGAAGACGAUGGAGACGUCGAGGAGGACGAUGACGAGGAUGAGGAUGAAGAGGACGAUGAUAAUGAAGAGGAUGACUCUGACAAUGACGAUGCAGACCUGGAAGGUGACAAUGACAGCUCGGACAACUCCGAUCUGGAGGAUGACAUCAUCUUAUCCCUAAAUGAGUGAAGAUACCCCCAUCGUCCAGGACUGUGGGGUCCAUGGAAAACCACAGUUUAUUUGUCUUGAUAAUCUACAAAAGUCUCAAACACAGAUGAUCCUUGGUAGGAAAGAGCAGAGAAGAACAUGGAGACAUGGCAUUGGGCAAAAAUGAUUGUAAAGUAUAUAACUUUCUAUUAAAAAUUGGUUUGAUGUGUUUAAAAAGGCCACUAUGUAGAUGUAGUGAAAAAAGGUUUUAGAAGUUCUCACUUUAUUGGCUUUUUAAAAAGCCAGUUUGUUUCAAAUUGAUUCAUUCUCUCCAUCUUUGAAGACACAAAGUAUGGUUCUUCUCAACUGACUUUUCCUUUUUAAUUCUCUACCCAUCCUGACUGAAGGACAACAUGUGAGUUGCAAGGCAAGUAGUUUGUCUGGGAAAAAAUAAAUAAAAAAAACAGCCCAACAACAUCCGUGAAUUAGGCAGCUGUAGGGAUCUUAACACACGGGGCUCUUGAUUGCCAAAGAGCCACUCAGCAGUUCCAAUAAUAGAUGUUGUCUCCUGAUUUUGUUAUGUAAACAGAAGAAUUGGAUCAAGCUGUCACUCCAGCGAGUGCAGACAUUGUAACAACACCAGUGACACAAGUUCACAGCCGUCCAGCAGGCAGCGGAUGUCUUUAGCUCCUUACAAUCUUAUGGUUGAGCUCACAAAGUGAUCCGACUUCCAUGGAUGCUCGCAGGGUUGGAAAAAUGCAGGGUUUUGUGUGCUUGGAACCAGCACAGGUCCAGUUAUUUAAAUAAAGUUCAGAAAACUUUGUUUUAUUUCUCAAAUCUCAUUGGUUAUUGAAGUGAGUGGUUAAUUAGCGGACUGAUGGUUAAACCGUUUCAAUUCUUGGAAUAUUGAGAAACUGUGAUUAACGCUGCAAAAAUAUGCUGUGUGUGAAUUUUUUUUUCUUUUUCUUUUUCCCCCCUGACAUGUUGGAUACUGUCAUUUUUGAAAAAGCAAAGGCUUAGCACACGCACACUUUAACGCAGUGCAACAUGGUAUACUUUUUUGGUUCUCUUGUUUCUAGGAUUUACUUUUCCCUUUUGGAGACCUUUGAGUUUCUCAACACAUUUACUGUACAGGUUGUAUGUAUCUAAAGUAUUUUUACUAUAAAUAAAACGGAACAAUUUGUGCUUUGA